GAAAUAUAGGUCGCACAGCCACCGGUCAGAAACCACAACACCAACGCUGCGCAGUCCCCGAGUUACGGAGAGGAGACGCGGAGGACGGGAAGAUGGGAUUCGAGAAGCAGAUCCUGAAAAUCGGCACCGGCCCCAACCCCGUCAAGGGCCAGAAGGUCACCGUCCACUGCACCGGCUACGGGAAGGAUGGUGAUCUGACUAAGAAGUUCUGGAGUACCAAGGACCCUGGGCAGGAGCCAUUUGCUUUCAACAUUGGCCUGGGUAAAGUGAUCAAAGGAUGGGACGAGGGAGUCCUGAGCAUGCAAUUGGGUGAAGUCGCUCGUCUUACGUGCACCCCAGAUUACGCCUAUGGAGCCGGUGGCUUUCCAGCCUGGGGAAUUCGGCCAAACUCUGUGCUGGUAUUCGAGAUCGAGGUUCUUAGCGCCAGCUGAUUUGCUAUGCAGUUCUGGAUGCAGACAUGGAAGCAUCACCAUACCCGAAAUAAUUGUAAUGUCACAUCAUGUUAAGUGCUACCCCGGGGUGAUGUUUUAAGUGGCUCUUGUAAACCUUUGGAACCUCAUAUCACCUAAGUUUAUUGAUAUCCUUGCCCCAGUAAGUUGGGGUGAAUUAUGGAGAAAUUAUGUUA